CUCGAGUAGGGACGGCGGUGGAUUUAGGAGCAGCCUCCGAAGUGGCAUCCUUGAGCACAUUUUCCUGCUCAACAAUAAGCGGCCUUGUUCUUUCCCCCAUCCACCCUCGCAAAACAGCAAUGAAAGAGAAACUGUCCAGCCCGAGAAAGCCUGCCGCUUUAAAGCUGGGGGUCCUGGCCUCUCGGUGACCUGCUGCGCCCCGGGAGGCGCGGGUGUGGCACAGUAGCUGGGGCGGCAGCUGUGUCUGUCUGCCCAAGGGUUAACCCGUUCCCCGGCAGCUGCCGCGCGUGCCUUGCAGAAUUUCACCAGAAGAGGGUACAGUUUGAAAAGCGCUUGACGUCAGGCUGGAAUUCCUAUUGUGUUUAGAAACGGCUUGGUUAAAGCCAGCCCAAGUUCUCUCUCCGCACACCUCCGCGGACCGCGAGGGUCCGCCAGCUCCGGGCCCGCCCGCCGCUGCCUGCGCGCCGCGGGGCGGAGGACUGUGCCGCAGCCCACGAAGAGACUCCAUUCCUGCCCGAGGCGGAGCCGAAGCCGCGGAUCGCGCCGCCCGGGAACCUGGGGUGAGUGCCCGGGAGAGGCCGGUGGCUGCGAGAGCCCCGCCGGCGCGCCCCGGAGCCCGAUGCCUUCCCCGAGCCCGGCCACCGGGUACAUGCCUCCCCCGCGGCGCGCCCCCGCAGCCUGCCGCCCGCUGUGACCGCCCUUCCUCGCAGGCGGGCUACGGCCCGGGCUCUCCCCGAGGGCCGCGCACUGGUGGCACCCGCCGGACCUCGGCACCGGCGGCGGCGGCGGCAGGGGGCGCGGAGUCCAGGCUGCGAGGGUGCGCUCCGGGAGGAUGGACGGAUCUGGGGAGUGCAGCCUCCCGGAGCAGGGCAGCCCGGGCUCUGCGGCCGGCGACGACAUUGAGAUAGUCGUCAACGUGGGGGGCGUGCGGCAGGUGCUGUACGGAGACCUUCUCAGCCAGUACCCGGAGACUCGGCUGGCAGAGCUCAUCAACUGCUUGGCUGGGGGCUAUGACACCAUCUUCUCCCUGUGCGACGACUACGACCCGGGCAAGCGCGAGUUCUACUUUGACAGGGACCCGGACGCGUUCAAGUGUGUUAUCGAGGUGUACUAUUUCGGAGAGGUCCACAUGAAGAAGGGCAUCUGUCCUAUCUGCUUCAAGAACGAAAUGGACUUCUGGAAGGUGGACCUCAAGUUCUUGGACGACUGCUGCAAGAGCCACCUGAGCGAGAAGCGAGAGGAGCUGGAGGAGAUAGCGCGGCGCGUGCAGCUCAUCCUGGACGACCUGGGUGUGGACGCGGCCGAGGGCCGCUGGCGCCGCUGCCAGAAGUGCGUCUGGAAGUUCCUGGAGAAGCCCGAGUCGUCGUGCCCCGCGCGGGUGGUGGCCGUGCUCUCCUUCCUGCUCAUCCUCGUCUCGUCCGUGGUCAUGUGCAUGGGCACCAUCCCUGAGCUGCAGGUGCUGGACGCUGAGGGCAACCGCGUGGAGCACCCGACGCUGGAGAACGUGGAGACCGCGUGCAUCGGCUGGUUCACGCUGGAGUACCUGCUGCGCCUCUUCUCUUCGCCCAACAAGCUGCACUUCGCCCUGUCCUUCAUGAACAUCGUGGACGUGCUGGCCAUCCUCCCCUUCUACGUGAGCUUGACGCUCACGCACCUGGGCGCCCGCAUGAUGGAGCUGACCAACGUGCAGCAGGCGGUGCAGGCGCUGCGCAUCAUGCGCAUAGCCCGCAUCUUCAAGCUGGCGCGCCACUCCUCGGGCCUGCAGACCCUCACCUACGCUCUCAAGCGCAGCUUCAAGGAGCUGGGGCUGCUGCUCAUGUACCUGGCGGUGGGUAUCUUCGUCUUCUCCGCCUUGGGCUACACCAUGGAGCAGAGCCACCCCGAGACGCUGUUUAAGAGCAUCCCCCAGUCCUUCUGGUGGGCCAUCAUCACCAUGACCACCGUGGGGUACGGGGACAUCUACCCCAAGACCACGCUGGGCAAGCUCAACGCUGCCAUCAGCUUCCUGUGCGGUGUCAUCGCCAUUGCCCUGCCCAUCCACCCCAUCAUCAACAACUUCGUCAGAUACUACAACAAGCAGCGCGUCCUGGAGACGGCGGCCAAGCAUGAGCUGGAGCUGAUGGAGCUCAACUCCAGCAGCACGGGGGAGGGCAAGGCUGGGGGUUCCCGCAGUGACCUGGACAACCUCCCGCCAGAGCCUGCUGGGGCUGGGCAGGAGGCACCGAGCUGGAGCAGCCGGCUGAAGCUCUCCCACAGUGACACCUUCAUCCCCCUCCUGACGGAGGAGAAGCACCACAGGACCCGGCUCCAGAGUUGCAAGUGACGUGAGGGUGCCCUGGGCAGAAAAGAAUGGGGUGGUGGAUGGAAGGAUGGUGUGGCAGGCAUCUCAGCCACGGCAGAGAGGGGCUGUCCUGUGUCCCCCCAACCCUCCCCAAACAGACUCUGACAAGGCUGGGUAAGACUCCCCUGUGUUGCCUGCUGUCCAGGAGCUGGGGCAGGGUGUGCAGAGCCACAGGGCAGCGUGGGGCAAGUGGAGGCCCUGGCCUGGCUGGUGGCAGGGGCCCAGGCCCACUUCUGUAUCUCCCUCAAUAAAGCCUCCUGCUCUGUGCACCC